AUGCAGCUCUUGCAAUUGGCCAACUUCGUGUUGCACAAUCUGCUGCAGUCGCGCAUCAGCUUCAUCAUUUUCUUUCAUUGCUGGGCUGGAAAUGAAACUUUUCAAUUCGCACAACAAAUUAAUAAGCCCCAUCAUCAGUCCAUCUAUCAUCAGUUUGCGCACUUGAAUGACUGGAACUGGGAGCACUUGGAGCAGCGUUUUUUUGAUCACUUACAGCCUACGCUGGCCAUAUAUGUGGACUUGAACUGUUUGAGAAGCAGAAGCCUAUUGGUGGAGGCGAGUCGUUCAAAGCUCUACAAUCAGCACUACCAUUGGCUUCUGCACGACAGCUCGGAGUUCUUUGAUUUCUAUGAGUUCUUCAAGUCCAAGAACAUAUCCGUCGAUGCUGAUGUUAGCUAUGUCAAGCAGCGACUAGCGGGCAACUCGGACAAUGUCAUCUAUACGCUCUACGAUGUCUACAGCAAUGGCAAUCACAUUGGCGGGCAGCUGAAUAUAACCGCCGACUGUGAGGUGGUGUGCAGCCAGGUCGAUUGCAAGUUAAAUAGGUAUCUCAGCUCAUUGCAUAUGCGUCCCAGAUACAGUCAUCGGGAACAGCUGACGGAUGUGGUGCUGCGUGUGGCUACUGUGGUGACACAGCGACCCAUUACCUGGCCGCGGGAGGACCUGCUGCGUUUUCUGCACCAGGUGAACGAGACGCAUGUCGAUAGUUUGGUACGCUUUGGCUUUCAGUUAUCCUUGAUACUCAAGGAUCUGCUGCAGUGUGGCAUGAAUUUCACAUUCAAGGAUCGCUGGAGCAUUAGCGACUUCAACGGCGGCUCCGUGGGCGCUGUGGUCGACCAGACAGCCGACAUUGGCUCUGCGCCCUGCCUGGCAACAGCGGGCCGACUGCAGCAUCUGUCGGCCAUUAUUGAGACGGGCUACUUUCGCUCCGUUUGCCUAUUUAGCACACCUCGCAAUGCCGGCAUACGGGGCGAUGUUUUCCUGCAGCCUUUUAGCGCUCUGGUCUGGUAUCUCUUUGGCGGUUUCCUGCUGCUGAUUGGCCUGCUGCUCUGGCUGGCCUUUUUGAUGGAGUCCAAGCGUAUGCAUUGCCGUUGGCGUUUGCAGUUUGUGCCCUCGCUGCUGAACACCUGCCUGAUUAGCUUUGGAGCUGCAUGCAUUCAAAGCUCAGCGCUAACACCACGCUCCACGGGCGGACGAUUGGCAUAUUUUUCACUGUUCCUGAUUAGUUUCAUCAUGUAUAACUAUUAUACUUCUGUGGUGGUCUCCUCGCUGCUGAGUUCGCCAGUUAAAUCGCAAAUUAAGACGAUGCAACAGCUGGCAGACAGCUCGCUGACCGUCGGCCUGGAACCGCAAUCCUUUACCAAGAGCUAUUUAAAUUACACGCAACGCCCGGAGAUUCACUUGUUUAGCAAACGCAAAAUCGAAUCCCAGUCCAAAAAUCCGGAACUCUGGCUGCCCGCGGAGCAGGGCAUACUGCGCGUCCGCGAUAGACCCGGCUAUGUGUUCGUCUUUGAGGCAUCCUCUGGCUAUGCGUAUGUGGAACGCUAUUUCACACAGCAGCAGAUCUGUAAUCUCAAUGAGAUACUGUUUCGACCCGAACUAUUGCUCUACACGCAUUUGCAUCGCAAUUCCAGCUACAAGGAACUCAUACGCCUAAAAUUGCUUCGGGUACUGGAGACGGGCAUCUAUCGCAAGCAUCGGACUCAGUGGUUUCGCACCAAGCUGCAUUGUUAUUCUCAAAACUUUGUCAUUACCGUGGGCAUGGAAUAUGUGGCACCGCUCUUCUUCAUGCUGAUCUGUGGCUAUGUUCUGGUCCUGCUUUUGCUGCUGCUGGAGCUCGCCUGGCAGCGCUAUGUGCAGCGUUCACAUUAAGCUUUACAUUUUUGCACCU